AUGGUCCACUGUUUCUGGCAACUCGAGGCAACUGAGCAGGAAUGGACGGAAGGACGACGUGACGCAUUGUUUCAGGGGAAUUUCACUAUUGAUGACGAUGACGAUGACGAUGACGAUGGCGAUAACGAUAACCAUGACAAUGACAAUGACGACUUUGGUGGUGGGGGUGACUUGAUGGGGGGAUGCUUCAUUUUUCAGAGACUUGGCUCGCUGGUUCGGGACCGGAUGAGAGGGGUGGGUGAAUGUAGGAUAUUUGAUGCUGUUUCCCUUUUAUCCUGA